CCUUCGAAACACACCCAAGACGGGCCCGAUUUUGCCACAUUAAGCUGGUACUGGACGCCCCUUGUCCAACCCCGCUGGGUCCCCGCUGGACCCGCUGGUGCUGCCCGUCUUGCAUCUAGCCAUCUACCGUGCUGUCCCUUCCCGACCUGACUACUCCUUAUUUUUAUACGUAUCCUCACCUUCCGUUCCAUUCUCUUAGACAAACCUUCAGCGGCACGUUGUGUUUUGCUUCAUUCUAGAACAAAUCCAAUUGUACACCCACCUUCACCAUACCCCGACGAAACCUAAACCCUCCACUCUAUCACUCCUCGCCAUGAAGAAGUUCGGCUUCAGCAAGAAAGGCGGCGACGAAGGCGACGAUGCCAACCGCUCCGCCCUCUUCGGUCGAAAGAGCAAGUCUCCUGCUCCGGGCAGCGACAAUCCCUACGCACAAGCUCCAGCUGGCGGCGAUCCCUACGCCCAGGACGCGAAUAAGUACGCCGGCAUGACGCCCUAUCAACGAGCACGAGCUGGUGCGCCCAUCAAUGGCGGUGCCCCUGGCGGCCUUCCUGGCGGCCCUCGGGCCGGUGCUGGCUACGGUGCCCCGCCACAGCCUGCCGGUGGCUACGGGAACGAAAAGUACGGAGCCGCAGGAGGAUACGGGGCGAACCGUUACGACGAUAACCAGAACGCCUAUGGCGCGAAUCAGCGAUCAGGUGCUACUGGCGGAGCUCGCGGGCCCGGAGGUUACGGAGGCUUGGGCCGGACCAACAGUGACAGCACCGAUGCUGUGCGCGACGAGCUCUUCAGCGGGGCUCAAGAUAGAUACCAGCAGAACAAGCCUCAGGCUGGAGCGUACGGUCAAUCGACUCCGUCUGGCGCUGAUGGAGGAUACGGCGGAUACGGAGCCCCCCGUGAGCUCACAGCCGAAGAGCAAGAGCAGGAGGAAUACCGUGCUAUCAAGACACAAAUCAGGGAUGUCAGAAAUGAUUCCGUUCAGACCACCCAAAGACUGCGUCAAAAUGCGAGCAACACUGUGGACGUAGCCAAUGCGACACUCGCCCGGAUUGCUGCCCAGGGCGAGCGUCUGCACAACACGGAAAGGAACAUGGACAUAGCGGCAAACCACAACAAGAAGGCGGAGGAGGGUGCCAAGGAUCUAAAAAAGGCAAACGGAAGUAUGUUCGCAGUUCACAUGAGCAACCCAUUCACAUCCAAGUCGCGUGCGGCAGAGCGAGAUGCGGCGAUUCUUGACCGACACCGGCAAGAGCGCGAAGUUCGCGAGACAACUAGACACGAGGCUUUCAAGUCCAACCAGCGAAUGGAAGAUACCUUCAGGGAGAUGUCGCUGUCUGGUCGUCCUCAAAAGGCGGCGGGACAACAAAGCAAGCCAGUAGGGCAGUCCCAAUUCGCAUUAGAAGACGAAAGUGAUGAGGAAGCCGCCGCUGCAGCAGAAGAAGCAGAGAGGGCGAUUCAGGAAGGCCUCCUUGAAACUGGCCGGUCGGUGGGUAUAAUCAACAUGGCAGCCCGCGCUAUUGGAACAGAAAUCGAUACACAGAACGUUCUCAUCGACAAUAUUGCCAAGAAGAGUGAUGCUGUCGAUGACGGAGUCAGGAUGAACAGAGAACGUCUGAACCGCAUCAGAUGAAUGGCCGGGAGCCAAUACCAUCGACUAUCCUCUCUGUGAAAAUGCUCACAAAGAAGACAAAGAAGAGCAGGGUCGGUAACUAAACGCUCACCAACCUGUAAACUUCAUAGGCCGGUGUUUUGUAAGGGUGCGCG